UGUGAUCUAACUGAAGAUAAAGACCUACUUAAUAUCAGCGAUGCAUUACUAUUUCAUGGUGCUGAUUCUAUCAUGAACAAAACGGAAACCUUUCGUUAUAGAGAUUCGGUAUCGCCUCGACAAUUAUGGGUUUACCAUUCAUACGAAAAUCCUGCCGUAACUCAUGGUUUUGCUGUACGAUCUGGUAUCUUCCCUUUCCAUAAUAACAUAUUCAAUGUUAUGAUGACAUAUGCACGAGAUGCUGAUAUUCGAGUAUGUUAUGGCAAUUUUAUUAAAGGCGAUUUUCGUAAGCAAUGUAAGGAGAAUUAUAAUUAUGCCAAAGGUAAAAAUAAAUUAAUUGCUUGGGUAGCAAGUACUUGUUAUCCGGGUCGUCAAGCAUUUGUUAAGGAAUUGGCUAAAUUUCUACCUAUUGAUAUAUAUGGCAAAUGUGGAAAUUUAUCAUGCCCUAGAGAUGGUACUUGUAGGCGCAAGAUAAGUAGUCAAUAUAAAUUUUAUUUAAGUUUCGAAAAUUUUAUUUGCCGAGAUUAUGUGACGGAAAAGUUUUUUAUCCAUUCAUUGGGUAGAGCAUUGGUACCGAUUGUCGUGAAUGGAGCUAACUUUCAAGAUGAAACAAUUGCCCCACCGGGAUCCUAUAUUAACGUCCAAGAUUUUAAAACGUUGCUACAACUAGCAGAUUAUAUUAAAUUGAUUGCAGCUAAUGACGCACUAUAUAACAGCUUCUUUAAGUGGAAAGCUACCUAUAAGGAUCAUUCAUCUUCGUGUAAUAUGCAAAGUGGCAUGUGUAAACUGUGCACUAAUCUAUAUAAUGAUAAAUGGGUUACUCGUAAAUCGAAAACAAUUCCAGAUAUA